AUGCUGUUUGUAGCUGCAACUGAGAAUAUAUUUGGGUCAUCACAGGCCACUCCAAGUCCUCCACCUUCAACCAGUAUCGUCCCUUCUUCCACUACUGAUGAGGUCAAGAGUGCAGGUGGCGAUAAUGAAGACUUGUUCCCUGGUGACAGUGUGAGGGAGGGGAGGGAGGAGGGAGGGGAGGAAGAUGGUAGUGAUACUAGGGCGGUGAACCAAGGAGAUGGAGAGGGAGAGGGAGAGGCGGUGAAGGAGGUAGAGAAAGAGGAGGAGAAAGAGAAAGAGGGAGAAAAGCAGGGUGUUACUCCAGUUGAAGUGUCCACCGACCCACUCACCAGUGCUGUAGACGAGGCUAAAGAAAAGAGUGAGCCACCCAGUCAAACCAGUCGACAAACCAGUCAGACCAGUCAGACCACUAGUCAAACCAGUCGACAAACCAGUCAGACCACUAGUCAAACCAGUCAGGCCGAUCAAGAGGAGGACAUCUUCAAACCAAGUGAUGAAAAGGUUGGAGAUGACGAGCCGUUGUCAGCAGCAACUGAACCUCAGAAAUCAAGAGAUCUUUUCUCUGAAGAUGCAAUGGACAGUGGUCUAUUUGGCUCCAGUACCUCUGCCAGAUCCAGGGACAUGUUUGCUCCUGUAGGUGGUGAUGGUGACGAUUUGUUCAAACCGCAAGUGAAAGAAGAGACUUUGUUUCAACAGCAGGGGGCAGUGGGAGGAGGAGGAGGAGGGGGGGGAGGAGGAGGAGAGGGCGAUGAGUUUGUGAUGGUGGACAGUGGAGAUGUUCCAACUCAAGAAGAGAAAACCUUGCAGAAGCCACGGGAGACCGCGAAACAAGAUGAUCAGGUAACUGACAAAGUGGCAGUCAAGUCAGACGAUGUCAACCAAACAGUCACAGAAAAAGGAGAAGGAGGAGGGAGAGAAGGGGAGAGAGGGAGAGAGUAAGAGAGAGGAAGAGAAGAUGAAGGAGGGAAAGAGAGAGGAGGAGAAGGAGGGAGAGGGAAAGAAAGAGAGUGAAGGAAGGAAAGACUCUCUUCUGGAUAGAGAUUUGUCUCAGACGACAUAUGAGGAGAGAGCAGCCAUCAGGAAAUACCAGAGAGAAC